UAGAGGAAAACAAUGGACGCGCAACAACUACCGUUUCUUGCGGAAUAUUCCAAGAGCAACCGGGCAUCGUGCCGAUUGUGUAAGAACAAGAUCGACAAGGAUGUCCUUCGGCUUGCUGCGAUGGUUCAGUCGCCGAUGCACGAUGGCAAGGUGCCUCAAUGGUACCACGAGGAUUGUUUCUUCAAAAAACAACGCCCUACAACCGAAGGCGAUGUAGCCAACAUGGAGGCACUGCGGUACGAGGAUCAAAAGAAGAUCCGCGACGCAAUUGCUGCGUUCGCGAAGGGUGUCGUUCCUACGGCAGGGAAGGGUAAAGGCAAGAAACGCUCCGCUGCCGAAACACAAUCGUUGAAGGACUUUGGAGUAGAGUAUGCGUCCUCUGGCCGGGCUAUGUGCCGGGGAUGCGAACUUAAGGUUCUGAAGGAUGAGGUGCGCAUUAAGAAGGUCGUCUACGAUACGGAGGUAGGCAUGAAGUAUGGGGGGCAACCGUUGUGGCAUCAUGCCGAAUGCUUUGCGAAAAUACGCUCCGAUCUUGGUUACUUCGAGAAGGCGGAAAUGUUGCCAGGUUUCCGUUCGAUGAAAAAGGAGGAUCAGGCGAUGUUAAAGAAGCUGUUACCAGCCAUCAAAGCGGAGGGUGUACCGUCGAAGAAGCUGAAGGAAGAGGUUUUGGACGAGGUAGACAAAGCGGCCGCAUCGAUAGAGGAAAGGCAGAUCGCUGAGCAGCUGAAAGCGUUCUACAAGAUACGCGACAAGCUGAAAUCGCUUGGCGUUAAGAAAGCGGAAUUGAUUGAAAUCCUUGCCCACAACCAUCAGGAUAUACCGGAGGGUAAUGAUCCGGUGUUGGAUCGGGCUUGCGAUGCGCUGCUAUUUGGUGCGCUGGAACGAUGCUCGAAAUGUGGUGGGCAGUACGUGCUGCAGAAAGCAUCAUACGUAUGCGAGGGCAAUCUGACCAAUUGGGUAAAGUGCAUGAACGCGGAAAAGGCACCACCGCGAAAGCCAACCAUGAUACCGGCCGAUCUACGGGCGGAAUAUUCUUUCUUCAAAAACUACAAUUCCACCGUUGCAGAUCGCGUGUUUCGGUACGUUCCGCCGAGCGUUAAGACCGUGAUGAAUAGCGUAAAGAAGGAAGAAGAAUUGCCCUCGGAACCGAGAGUGAAGCGUGAGAAGCCUCCGCUGUACAAUAUGGAAUUUGUCAUCCUCGGUAAAACGGCCACAUCGAAGGAUCAGCUGAAGCUUAAAAUACAAAAAAUGGGUGGUAAGGUGGUGACUAAGAUUGCUAGCCAUACGGCGGCUAUCAUUUCCAUACCGGAAGAAGUCGAAAAGUUGAACAGCCGUAUGCGGGAAGCGAAGGAGCUACAGAUUCAGGUAGUUCCGGAGGAAUUUUUGGACGAUGUAGAGGGUGGUGGUGCUAUUUCGUUCAUCACCAGCCGGGCUAUCUGUGACUGGGGUUCGGAUCCGCAGACGCGCCUCCCAACUGACGAGGAAAGUAAAUCUCGGUCGAAAAAGAGCAUUUAUGAAAAGUCGGUACCGGCCAAGAUGAAGCUACAGGUGAAGAGCGGUUUGAUCGUUGAUCCGGACUCGAACCUAGCAGAUAGGGCGCACGUGUACAAGUGCAACGGUGUCAUUUAUAACUGCGUGCUGAAUAAGGUGGACAUUCAAACCGAUAAAAAUUCGUACUACAAAAUGCAAAUACUCGAGGAUGAUCGCCAACACAAAUACUGGUUGUUCCGUUCCUGGGGACGUAUCGGUACCACGAUCGGUGGUACGAAAGUGGAAAACCACAAUACAGCAGAGGACGCCAUUCUAGCGUUUGAAGACCUAUUCCUGGAAAAGACCGAUAACGAUUGGCAGCGACAUAACUCUAAAUACCACAAGAUGCCGGGCAUGUUUUAUCCGAUCGAGAUCGACUACACCGAGUCGAAGACGAAGCGUCUCGCGGAAAAUAGCGCUUUCAAAUCGAAACUCGCUCCUGCGGUGCAGGAGUUGGUUCGCAUGCUGUUUGAUGUAGACGCAAUGAAUCGGGUAAUGUUGGAGUUUGAACUCGACAUGGAAAAGAUGCCACUCGGCAAGCUGUCGAAACGACAGCUCCAAUCGGCUAUGCAGGUUCUGUCGGAAAUUUCGGACUUAAUCGGUAGCGGUGGAACCAACGCGCAGUUCAUAGGUGCAUCGAACAGAUUCUACUCGUUCGUGCCGCACAAUUUCGGUGUAUCGGCCGUCAAGGUACUGGAUACGAUCGAACAGGUCAAGGAGAAGCAAACCAUGCUGGAAAGUUUGCUGGAGAUUGAGUUCGCGUACUCGUUGCUGAAUGAAUCGGAUGCGGAUGGCAAGAGUGGUAAGAAUCCGCUGGAUGCGCAUUAUGAGCAGCUGAAGACGGCUAUCGAACCGAUGGCACGUGAUUCGGAAGAGUUCAAGUUGCUCGAACAGUACGUGCGCAAUACGCAUGCGGAGACACAUCAAUCUUACGAUCUGGAGAUUAAAGAAAUCUUCCGCAUCAAGCGUAAGGGUGAAGAUCGCCGUUAUCAGCCAUUCAAGAAACUGCACAACCGUAAGCUACUGUGGCACGGUUCUCGGUUGACCAAUUUUGCGGGCAUUCUAACGCACGGUUUGAAAAUUGCCCCACCGGAAGCACCGGUUACGGGCUACAUGUUUGGCAAGGGUAUCUACUUUGCCGACAUGGUGUCCAAAUCGGCCAACUACUGUUGCACCAAUAUGGUUGAUUCUACCGGGUUGAUGCUGUUGUGCGAAGUAGCGCUCGGCGAUAUGCAGGAGUAUCUGCAGGCACAUUACGUGAAGAAACUUGCUACCGGUAAACACAGUGUGAAGGGUAUCGGACGCACUCAGCCAGAUCCGAGUGGUUCCCACAUUCGUCCGGAUGGAGUGGAGAUACCUAUGGGUAAGGGUGUGUCGGAUGCAAAGGUAAAGAGCUCGUUGCUUUACAACGAGUUCAUCGUGUACGACGUGGGUCAGGUGAACUGCCAGUACUUGUUCAAGAUGAACUUCAAAUACAAAUACUAAAUUAACUGUAUUGCAACUGUAAACAACGGGUUGUUGAUUUUGUCUACAUUGUUCGAGUUUUCCAAACACAUUCUUUUGUUUCGUUUAUAUUAGAUUUAUCAUACAAAUGUAUACGUUAUUAGUGUCUUACAUUAAUCAAUACCAACAGAAUGCCAAAUACUUAAAGGGCCAACUACAUAACAGGAACACAAGUCGUAUAAACUUAGCCAGCUGACUGUUAACCAUUAUAUAUGAUGAAAUAUUUGUUAACGAACGCAAUUUAUUGGCAAUCAGUGUGAAACAUGGACGCAGUUGAAAAUAUGUAUACCAAUAACACACCAAUUUCGCGAUGUAUGAACGUAUAACAUCAUUUGAGUUACCAUGAUAUCCCCUUUAAAUGCCAGCAAGAAAGAAUGAGGGGGAUUUAGCUGGUGAAUUCACUCUUGUGAAUUAUUGCUUUGUAGAAACCAUCGAAGUUAGUAAUUCAGGAAUCGAAAACAUCUUUUUUUAAUUUAAACGUGAAAAAUUAAAUAUUAUUCAACCGAAUAUUUCAGUAGCGACUAGGGAUUCUAGGAGGGCUAGGAUAUAAGUUGUAUGUUUCACCCCCCGUCACAACAGAUGCAAAAAUGCUGGAAUUUAUCUAAACAUUUUAUUUUUAACCAGCAUCAAAGCUGCUUUAACAUCCGUAGCGUGGUUCUGUUUCUUUUCUCGAACAUUUUGUAAGCGUGUAACGAGAUAUUAUAUUGAUAGGCGUUUCUUGAUUUUUUCGUCUUUUUAAAUAUAUUUUAUUUAGUAAAACAAUACC